GCGAUCUGAGAGGACCAAAUGCGCGCUUGACCCCGACGCGCCUGCUCUCCUCUCCUCCUCGUCGCCUCGUCUUUGUCUCCGGCAAGCCGAGACGGAGAGAGAGAGGCCGGCCGCGGCCUUUUAUCCAAGGUUGAAGCUUUUGUUGUCGUUUGAAGAAGAAGAAGGAGAAUGUCGACGGCGGCCGCAUUGGAUCCUCUCGAUUCGUUCCUCUUCUCUCUCAGCCGGACUCUCUGUGCUCCCUUCGCCGUCUUCCUCCAGCUUCAGGGAUGUUUGAUAUGUUUGAUUCUGGCUUUGGGGUGGGUUUGUGCAGCUUAUGUCAGGAAUAGGGAGAUUAAACGAAUGAAGGAUAGUAUGAGAGGGGGGAACAGCUUUGCUUUCCUAUGCCAGGAUAUAAUGGAACUCGAGCACUCGAAUCAGGUCAACUUGCCUAGAGUGUCUGUAGUUAUGCCUCUGAAAGGAUUUGGGGAACACAAUUUACAUAACUGGAGAAGUCAGAUCACCUCUCUUUAUGGGGGUCCUUUAGAGUUUCUUUUUGUGGUGGAAAGUACAGAAGACCCUGCCUACCGUGCUGUAUCUAUGCUCACAUCUGAACUUAAGGACGAGGUUGAUGCUAAGAUUAUUGUGGCUGGUCUUUCAACAACCUGCAGUCAGAAGAUUCAUAAUCAAUUGGUUGGAGUGGACAAAAUGCACAAAGACAGCAAGUAUGUAUUUUUUUUGGAUGAUGAUGUUAGGCUCCACCCUGGAUCAAUUGGUGCCCUUACUGCUGAGAUGGAGAAAAAUCCUGAUAUAUUCAUUCAAACUGGAUACCCUCUUGAUUUGCCUUCAGGAAGUUUAGGGAGUUACUGUAUUUAUGAAUAUCAUAUGCCUUGCUCAAUGGGCUUUGCUACCGGUGGAAGGACAUUCUUUCUUUGGGGAGGUUGCAUGAUGAUGCAUGCGGAUGAUUUUAGACUUGAUCGCUAUGGUGUGGUCUCAGGGCUCAGAGAUGGUGGUUACUCUGAUGAUAUGACUCUUGCAGCUAUAGCUGGGGCUCACAAGAGGCUCAUCACAUCACCUCCAGUUGCUGUCUUUCCUCAUCCCCUUGCAAGUGAUCUAAGUUUCUCAAGGUAUUGGAAUUACUUGAGGAAGCAGACAUUUGUACUGGAAUCAUAUUUGACAAAGGUUAACUGGAUUAUGAACCGCGCAUUAUUUACUGUCCACUGCUAUCUCUCAUGGGGUUUUGUAACACCAUACGUGAUGGCCAUGGUUCAUGUAACAGCAGCCCUACGAAUGUAUAUUAAGGGUUAUUCAGUUGAGGAGACAACCUUCACUUUUGGUGGUUUGACACUUGUAGGAUGCCUAGCUGUGUGCACUAUAGUGGAACUUUUUUCAAUGUGGAACUUGACAAGGAUAGAAGUCCAUCUAUGCAACAUGCUAUCACCAGAGGCACCUAACCUGUCACUUGCUACAUAUAACUGGGGACUUGUAUUCAUCGCACUUCUUGUUGAUAACUUCUUAUACCCCAUCUCUGCAUUCCGUUCUCAUUUUACUCAGUCUAUCAAUUGGUCCGGUAUUCGAUAUCACCUGAAGAAUGGGAAGAUAUUCCAGAUUGAACGAAGCAAGGAUAUGGGUCCAGUUUACACGGAUUUGGGAGGAAAGCAUUUAGGGAAGAAAGGAGCUCCUCCAAAGCUGUCAUUCCUCAGCUCUUUGGCCAGAAGUUUGGCUCAGUGGUAUCAACCGAAGAAAUACGACAGCUAGGAAAAUUGCUCAGUUGAAGUGAAACGUAUGGUGAUUCAGUUGCCCAGCUCUCAAGAUCGAAUUGGUUAUGAGUGUUGGAAGAAAAAUUUGUUGGGGUUGUGGAUUGGUUGGCAAUUCAAUUAUUGGUUAUUGGUUAGAGUGUUGCUAGGAAAUUUUUGCUUCAUUUUUUAAAACCCCAUUCAAAUCCAUUUGAUUCUUCAGCCUCAACCCAUUAUGUCUGGGUUGAUUUGUAACUCACUCCCCCCAGCCUCUCCUUUAGUUCUGUAACCUGAAUUCUUAUACAGAGAUUCAAAUGAUAGCUAGAGAAGUGAUUUCCAUAUGUUCUUGGUACAUAUCAGAUAAUUCAAUUCAAGUCUUUUGCAGUUGGUUCUU